AAAGAAAAGAGAAAAAAAAAAAGUCUAAAUCCCUAAUCUCUCAAAUCGCAGACGAUACUUGUCUCCCUCUUCUCUUCUCCAGCGUCGGAUCAAUCUCUCUCUCCAUCGCCUUUCUCCUCUAACGAACGGCGAUAAAACUCUUAAAACCCUCUAAUCCCGCUCUUUUUUUCAAAAUCACUCAGGGUUUCUGAGAUGGCGGAUUCGCAGGCAAAGUCGUCGGGGAUGAGUCCCGGAGGAGGCGGUGGAAGCCAUGAGAGCGGCGGAGAUCAGAGCCCGAGGUCGUCGAAUGUUCGUGAGCAGGAUAGGUUUCUUCCCAUCGCUAACAUAAGCCGUAUUAUGAAGAGGGGUUUACCUGCCAAUGGCAAAAUUGCCAAAGAUGCCAAAGAGACCAUGCAGGAAUGCGUCUCUGAAUUCAUCAGCUUCAUCACCAGCGAAGCGAGUGAUAAGUGCCAAAGAGAGAAAAGGAAGACCAUUAAUGGAGAUGAUUUGCUUUGGGCAAUGACCACUUUAGGAUUCGAAGAUUACAUCGAACCCCUGAAGGUUUACCUCAUGAGAUAUAGAGAGAUGGAGGGUGACACUAAGGGAUCAGGAAAAGGCGCGGAACCGAGUGCUAAAAGAGAUGGUCAGCCAAGUCAAGUGGCUCAGUUCCCACAGAUUGGUCAGCAAGGCUCUUACUCACAAGGUCCUUAUGGAAACUCUCAAGCUUCGCAUAUGAUGGUUCAAAUGCCGAACACAGAGUAGUAGUGGUAGGACGAUAUUCAUCACAAUCUUUGGAGAUUCAACUAUUCCUGUUCCUGUUUCUGAGAAUCUGAGUGAUCCACUGUUCAUAGAUUUGGCUUGUGGUGUCUCAGUUUUGGGAGAGAGGAUAUUUGUAUAUGAUUGUGUUGGUAGGGAAGAGAGUUUGGUUUGCUUGAAGCAUCUUUUGUUUUUCAUUUGAUUGUUGAGUUUCCUAGCAUUUGGUCUUUAAGGAAAAGUCAUUUAUCAUGCUAGUGUUAUGUUGUUUAGCCGUUACUUUCAUUAAAAACAUUUUAAAGAUUAAAUAAUCCAGAUUUUA